AAAAACUGCUGUUCUGCUGCUGACCAGCCUGCUUUGUAGUAGGAGUAUUUCGCUUCAGGUCCGUCUGAGGAGGGGGAGUCUUUCACCGGCGCAAAUGCCGCAAGAACAGGAUGUCUCGUCCUCCUUCAAGGACCUGCCCAACACCCGGACACUGGACGGACCGUCCCCUCGGCGCUACCCUGUGUUGCGCUUUGACGUGCCCACCAUCGACGGGCGAGAGAUUGUCUCCGUCGAUUCGAGCGGGAUUGCCCGUUUCUGUGUGGAGGAAGGCCCGCUGAUCUUUGUGGACCAAGUGGAUGGCAAGUACUACAUCGCGAGGGACCGUCGUCUUCCUGGCGAACCGUUUGAAAGCGUCUUUCAACUCAUCCAGUCAGCCGGUCUCCAGUUGCUCGCAGCUUUCUCCCAUCUCCCUCCGUAUGAGGAGCAGCAGCACGUGAGGGGCAAUGCAUCUUCCCAAAUGCCUGCUCUGGAACUCGAAGCCUCCUGUGAUCUGCCGUGUGAGGAGUCGUCUGUGGCUGAGACUGGAUCAGCACAUUCAGCACAGAUGCUGCAACCCAUCACAGCGACUUCUUCAGCCUCUGUUCAGGCCGACGCAGCAGUAACUCAGGAGGACACCGUUCAUGUCUCGCCACCACUUCUGCGUUUUCUUUCAUCGUCACCCAUUUGGGGCUUGCGCCGGGGGGAUUGGGGAUACGCAUUCUUCUACAUCAGGAUUGAUCUGAAGGGAUCUUUCCACACGUAUCCUCCAGUGGGUGGGCCAUUUCAGAGCUUAGAGCAGGCUUGCAGCGCUAUCGACCGCCAUCUUGAAGAACAACGACAUCCAACAAUGUUCAUGGAUCAACCUGGGAUGUCUCAAGUGGAUAAAGUCAUACGCCAAUGUCUCUACUGGCCUGAUGGCACAAGGAAGAAGUUGAUUGACGAAAGGCGUGACUGGAUGCGCCAGUUAGUUCAAGCUUUGCUGGACAAGUAUAACGAUUAUAACCAUCUUCUUGGGGAUCCCACAUACAAACUCAAAGAUGUAGUGUGUUUCGAGUCUGUUCAUGCGCCCAAUGACCAUACUAGGCUGUACCAUCAUAUUAAUUUCACUGCAAAGACUAAAGGAGCCGAUGAUGAUUCUAAUUGUGGCAUCGAGGAUUUAUUCUUCGCUGAACUCAUGUGGGAGCGAGGUGAACGUAUAGAAUUGGUGGUCAGCUGUUUCUGCGUGCUUAAACCAACAGACAACGGUCGCUGCGAUGCUUGUGAUGCGAAGCACCCCAAUGAUGCUGCAUACACUCAUCAAAUAAGCCCAUUGGGUGAAUAUGCUAAGCUUGGUAACAUUGUGUAUGUGGGCUAUGACGAAGACUUGAAGGAGGAGGAAGAAAGGGUAAGACGUCACUACGAGGGCCGUGAUGAUCCAGAGGGAAUGAAUCGAAAAUUGACAACCAUUCAGACCUAAAUAUCUGGGUGUGGCAGCUAUGUGGAAGAAACUAACAAUGGCGCUCGCGUGGAAGAAAUCUCUGAACUUUUUUAGUUAUUACUUCUACGUUAAGUUUGUCUACUUGUAAACUCAAAAGUAAUACUACGUUCUUUCGCUAGACCAAAAAGAAAAGGGCAUGUGGUUUGAGAUGGACUUACAUAAGCAAAGGGGAUCCGUAGCUGCCAUCUUGCAAAAAUCCAUUUAUCAAAAGUGGCCAUACAUAACCUGAUCGGCUUUCGGAUUUUUAACGAAUGGCUUCUUAUGUGUAUGGAUUUUAUAAUUAUGCCCAAUUCAAACACUUUUGGAUUUUGUUAUUUCUCAUAUACCUGAAAAAGUUCACUAGCGUCA